AUGGCGCAGAUAUCGGAUGAGAUGUCCUGCAACCUUGCGUUGAAGAUGCUAUACGACAUGUUCAACAAAACUAGGCACUUGAAGAACAUGUGCGGUUUGAUUCUGGACCUUAUUGCCACGAUUUACAUCCAACAGAGAGAUUUGGAGAGCUCGCUGAGGUGUGUCUUCGAACGAAUGGACUUGUUUCAAUCGCCGCUACUUGUCGACUCCUUGCUUUCAUACACGCAACGAGACAUCGCCGGCAUCUAUCGAUCUUUGGGAAGGUGGGAAGAAUGCAUCUCAUUUCUCAACAAGAGUUUGCAAAGUCUCAACGAUCGCGAAAAAGAGAGCUUCAUGAGUGAGAGGAGAAGAACGUUUAUCAACAUUGAGCUUGCAUCAUCCAUGCUCCGUUGUGGGAGGUUGCAGGAUGCGAUAUCAGUUGCUGAGCAUUCCAUGAAGACGAUGGGAGUGCUGACAAGUCAUGAGACAAGACAAGAGUGGAAAUUGUUUUGUAAGAUAGUUGAGGAGUGCUCGUCAAAGCUCGUAUCUCAAGCUCUCUCGGGUCUGACGAUGAAAGAAUGGAUUGACAAAGAGGAAGCGCGAGAGAAGCUAGAGGAGGAGAAGGCUGAGGAGAGGAGAAGAGAGCAAGAAGCGAUUGCAAGACAAGCAAAGUUGGACGAGUUUGCGGCAAGAGGAGGAAAGAUCAUCACCAACAAACUGGAUGACGGAACGAAUGUGACCAUCCUGAUCGAGGGGAGCACAGUGCAACAGGACUGGGAGAAGACCAUGAAUGACAUAUCAGAAGUUCGGAUGCUAAGAAUGAAACAGAGGAAGAUUGAGGGGGAGAGAUGCUUUGAGGGUGCUAAGGCUGCGAUCCGACAGCACCCGCCGGCCGUUGAGCAAGCAAGGUUUCUUUUCGAAAGAGCAAGAGAUGCGUUUGCGACAGCUGCUGUGUUCGAUAUGAUAACACCGUUGAGGAAGAUGCAAGACAAGCUCGAGCUGCUGGAAAAGAAAGAGUGUGGAAAGGUUGUUGUGCCGACUCAAAUCAAGAUGCCAGCGGCGAGCGAGGAGGAGCGGGACAACUACGUUGCUGAAGAUGAAGAUGAUGCGUAUGGUGCCGAUGAGCAGGAUGAGGAUGUUGACGAGAAGGCAACUUGUUCUCAAGCAACACUGAUAGAGACAUCAAAUGCAACUGACUGGGAAUCAUGGUGGAAAAAAGACAUGUCUCGAGUGAACGAAGAGAGUCUUCUUGCGAAGCAGGUGCAGGAGAUACAAGAGAAUGGAAGAGAGAAGGGAGAAGAAGGGGAGAUGGACGACGAGACGAGGAGCAGGAAGAAGAAGGUGGAAGAGAUGAUAAGGAAGGAGCUUGAAGAGCAGAGGGUUGCAUACUUGAAACGUCUUCAAGAGAAGAAUGUGGAAGAUGAAGAAGAAGGGGAUGAUGAAAGAUAUCGGGGAAGCGAUGACGACAACGAUGUGACAUAA